UGGAGUUUCGUGCUGAGAGUGAACUCUGAAGACUACAGACUGGAAGUUUUCCUGUCAGACCAUGUCCACAAUGUUCUCCAAGUUGAAAGGAGGGCCUUUUCGGUAGCACGCCUCACCCUUCAGGAUUGGACUGUUGAGAUGCUGGUGUGGGUCACCUUGUUGACGCUAUGCACCGGGGUACGAGCCAGCAUCUCCUCGGGACAGUGUCCUCCGGAUCCUCGCAGGCUGGUGGACUUCUCUGUAAAGUACUCGCUGCCCCGUUUCCAGACUGGAAGCGCUAUACAGAACAUCGCGGUCAACCCUGUGAAGCGGGAGGUGUAUGUGGCCUCGCAGAACGUGGUGGAGGCGCUGGAUGAGGAGUACAGCAAAAUAUGGGAGGUGAAAACAGGACCUGUUGGAAGUCCGGAGUGUAAAACGUGCAACCUGUGCAACAUUGAAGUGGAUCCCAGUGAUCCGGUGGACACAGACAACGAGGUGCUGCUGUUGGACGUGGAUCUGCACUUUCUGCCCUACUUAUACGUUUGUGGCAGCACCCUUCAUGGCAUCUGCUUCUUCAUUGAUGUUGAGGCUUUGCCGCCCGAGCCUCGGUGUUUAUACAAAGAAGACCAGAACUCUCCGUCCAACUGUCCCGACUGCCUGGCCAGUCCGCUGGGCACCAAGGUCACCAUCGUGGUACAGGGGGCCACGUCGUACUUUUUUGUGGCCGCCUCCGUGAAUGAUAAAGUGGUCCAGAAGUUCCCGCGGAGGUCCGUGUCCGUGGUGAGGCCGCUCUCCACUGAAGACGGCUUCCAAAUGGUGAUGGAGGGUCUGACCGUGCUGCCCCAGCUGAGGGAUUCGUACAAAAUUGAUUAUAUCUACAGCUUCUCCACUGAAGAGUUUGUCUACUUCCUGUCCCUCCAGAGGGAGAACCCCUCCAAAGUUGACUCGCCUUAUCAGACCCGUCUCGGCAGGCUUCCCGUGGGGAGUCACGAGGUGUGGAUGUACCGGGAGCUGGUCCUGGAGUGCAGGUACGAUCCCAAGAGGCGGCGCCGAGAGGCUUACCGGGAUAUCGUGUACAACGGACUCAUGGCUGCCCACUUCGGCCGCGCGGGGGAGGAUCUGGCCAACGAGCUGCGGCUGGACGAGUCAGAGGACAUCCUCUAUGGCGUGUUUGCGCAGGUGAACGUGAAGGGGGAACCCCAGAAAAACUCUGCCCUGUGCGUCUUCCAACUGAGCGACGUCAACAAAAACAUCGCCACAGGCGUGGAGGCCUGCUGCAGGUCCGGAUCGGAACAGUUAUCCAGAGGACUUUGUCACUUCCAGACGUGCGAGAACUGCCCGCAUGAGUCCGGCAAUGACACGUGCCCUGACAGACCCACACUGGUGUCAACGCCCUACUACAGACUGGACCGCUUCAACCGCCAGAUGAGUGACGUCCUCCUUACGUCCAUCCUGGUUACCAUUAGUGGGAGUCAAACACUGGGCCACUUUGGGACCUCAGAUGGAAGGAUGUUACAGGUCAUUCUUACAAUAGACACACCCUCAGUUUUUGCCAACUAUUCUCUUGGAGAGGCUGAAAUAUCCAGGACUGCAGCUGUCUACAAUCAGGAUUUGCUGCUUUUUGUGGCUGGAAAUCAGUUGUUUAGGGUGCCUUCCAUCGGACCGGGGUGUACACAUUUUGUGACGUGCUCCAUGUGUUUGACAGCACCGCGCUUCAUGAAUUGCGGCUGGUGCUCGGGAACGUGCUCGAGGAAAGACGAGUGCGCCUCCGUAUGGAACAAACAUUCUUGCGCGCCAGUCAUAACCGAGUUUUUCCCCAAGAUAGCACCAGCUGGUGGAGAAACAGAGCUGACACUUUGCGGCAGAGAUUUCCAGUCUCCUCUCAGCCCGCCCACUGUGACCACACAUGUGGUCACAGUGGGCACCGCGACGCCGUGUGCUGUCCUACCUGCGAAAAGUAGCAGUCAAGUGCUUGUGUGCAAGGUAAAGGACAACGUGUCCAAACACAAUCUGACCAUCGCUUUGGAAGUGCAUGAGGGAAUGGUGAAGGGGGACUACUCCAUUGAAGGCAGAGCUCAGAUGUCUGGUUUCUCUCUUGUGGAGCCUAGCAUCACACAGAUCAAACCAGAACACGGUCCUGUGUUUGGAGGGACUCUGGUCACGCUGACAGGCAGAUACCUUGAUUCUGGGAUGCAGAGAGAAGCUUUCAUUGCUGACAAAAAGUGUCAGAUUCAAAGCGUUGCAACUGCAGCCAACAGCAGCACCUGGUCUUGGAUGGAGUGUGUCACUGAGGCUGCCUCAAGUGUGGGAAAUGUUUCUGUCAAAGUAGUCAUCGACAACUUUCAGGUCACUACUACGAAGACGUUUGUGUACAAAACAAACCCAGUCAUCGCUUCUGUGUAUCCUAACUGCAGUUUCAUCAGCGGCUCCAAGCUUCUGAUUGAGGGUCAAAGUCUUGACUCUGCACAAAAAACUGUAGUACAGUACACUUCCAAAACACCCAAAAGGAAACAACAAGAACUGGAAUGUAACGGCACCAGGAAUGCCACACAUAUGGAGUGCUUUGCCCCUGUACUCCUGCCAUAUGACAUGCUGGAGGACACGUCCGACACUGGAGAGAUCUUCAUUCACAUGGAUGGAAAAAGAAACUUGUGGAGGAGACGUUUUGACUACUAUCCCGACGCCAAAGUCAUCCCGUUUGAAAACGACGACAACAUGUUGCUCCUCAAACCUGGAGAAAAUGAGGUUUCACUGCACCAUCGGAAACUGAAUACAGUCAACUCGUGCAUGAAGAUCAGUAUGACCAUCGGGGGUGUGGACUGUCAUGCUCAGGUUCUGUCGAAUGAGCUGACCUGCAGGCUUCCGAAGAACCAUGUCAUCCCCAGUGAGGGACUUCCUGUCAGGGUCUCUGUAAACGGGGACCUCCAUGACGUCGGCACUGUCCUCUAUGAGGACGUCAAUAACGAUUUAAUCAUCGCCGGCAUUGUGCUGGGUGUCAUCUUCGCCUCAGUGGCAGGCGCUGGAAUCGCCUUAAUUGUGAUGAAUCAUUUGAAGAAAAAGAAGAGAGCCAUCAUAGAGAAUCGUUUAUCAAGCAGGCUGUCCAGGAAUCGCUUGGGCGUGCAUGAUGACCUGUCCCCGACCGGCGACUACAGACAGACCUCCAACCAGACGACGACUUCAGGAGGAUUGGCCUUCCAAGGUAUGCUGUACGCCGCCAGCCACGACCACCUGUCUGUUCCACUGAUGCCGCAGGACAACAUCUCCAUGGUCAGCCUCAACUCAGACCUGCUGGAGGAGGUCAAAGAUGUCCUCAUCCCCGCUGAGAUGCUCAGAGUUGAAGAUAGCCAAAUUAUUGGGAAAGGCCACUUUGGGACGGUUUAUCAUGGAUAUCUGAAAGACAGCAACAAGCAGGAGAUCCACUGUGCUAUUAAAUCCCUGAACCGCAUCACAGAUUUAAAAGAAGUGGACCAGUUUCUCAAGGAGGGGAUCAUCAUGAAGGGCUUCCACCAUCCUAACAUUCUCUCGCUGCUCGGCAUCAUGCUGCCUAAAGAAGGGCUCCCCCUUGUGGUUCUGCCUUACAUGACGCACGGGGAUGUGCGACAUUUCAUCCGCUCGCCUCAGAGGAAUCCAACUGUGAAAGACCUGGUCGGCUUUGGACUGCAGGUUGCCAAGGGGAUGCAGUAUUUAGCUCAGAAGAAGUUUGUGCACAGAGACCUGGCUGCACGGAACUGCAUGCUGGAUGAAACCUUCACGGUGAAGGUGGCCGACUUUGGCAUGGCGAGGGACAUCUACGACAAAGAGUACUACAGCAUUCAAGACCACAAGCGAGCAAAAUUGCCCGUCAAGUGGAUGGCCAUUGAAAGCCUGCAAACACAAAAGUUCACCACCAAGUCGGACGUGUGGUCCUACGGCGUGCUGGUUUGGGAAUUGCUGACCCGAGGGGCCAGUCCAUAUCCAGACGUGGACCCCUAUGACAUCACACAUUACUUACUGAAGGGUCGUCGACUUCCGCAGCCGCAGUACUGCCCCGAUACCCUCUACACCAUCAUGCUGGCAUGUUGGGACCCGGAGCCUGAGCACAGACCGACGUUCCACAGCCUGGUGGAGGACGUGCAGCACAUCCUGUCCUGUCUCGUAGGAGAGCACUACAUCAACCUGAAGGUCAACUAUGUCAACCUGGACCAGCCGAGGCCUUACAUGCCACUCACGCCACUCACGCCGUCCGCAGAUGAGGCUGAGGGCUCUGAGUCAGACACGGACGCUCACACUGGCAGCUGAGGAACAGCUCUAAAGACUUGGAAAGAUCCAACUCACGGAGGACGAAGAGAAGAUUUAUUUAUCACCUGUUGAAAUCGUGGCAGCUCAGACGCUCGUUUAAAAGACUCGUUGCUUACUUUUGAGUGUGCGUUCUGUUACAUCCAGUGAAUCCUGCAAAAGAGAGCUUGAAAAAACAGGACGUGAAACAAAAAUGAGGCCAAAUGAAUGUAAAGCUACCACUUAAAUCAACAUUAAAUGAAUGAACGACAACAGAACAAUACUUGCAAAGAAAUUGAUAUAAAAUGAUCCAUUUGUUCUCUAAAAAAAGAAACAUACCGUAUUUUUCGGAGUAUAAGUCGCUCCGGAGUAUAAGUCGCACCGGCCGAAAAUGCACAAUAAAGAAGGAAAAAAACAUAUAAGUCGCACUGGAGUAUAAGUCGCAUUUUUUGGGGAAAUUUAUUUGAUAAAACCCAACACCAAGAAUAGACAUUUGAAAGGCAAUUUAAAAUAAAUAAAGAAUAGUGAACAACAGGCUGAAUAAGUGUACGUUAUAUGAGGCAUAAAUAACCAACUGAGAACGUGCCUGGUAUGUUAACGUAACAUAUUAUGGUAAGAGUCAUUCAAAUAACUAUAACAUAUAGAACAUGCUAUACGUUUACUAAAACAAUCUGUCACUCCCAAUCGCUAAAUCCCAUGAAAUCUUAUACGUCUAGUCUCUUACGUGAAUGAGCUAAAUAAUAUUAUUUGAUAUUUUACCGUAAUGUGUUAAUAAUUUCACACAUAAGUCGCUCCUGAGUAUAAGUCGCACCCCCGGCCAAACUAUGAAAAAAACUGCGACUUAUAGUCUGAAAAAUAUGGUACUUAAAAAUGGCAGAGGGAUUCUCUUCCGCGGAUCCUUUCGUAAUGAAGAUAACGUGCAGGAAACCCACAAUAAUGCGUGUUCUUAGGCCACAUUUAGACCAAUGUAUGCAUUUGGAGAAAACAAUGCCCAAAACCUUUGUUUUUUUGUUGUUUAAACCAAACCAUGACAUAAAACCAAACUGCUCUCGUCAUCUAAGAAG